GAAACGUAUUGGUACAUAAAGUGCGAUCACUUGUACCGUCAAUGUAAAAUUGUGUGUUUCGAGGACAUUGGUGACUGAUGCUGAUCAGCCUACAGUACUGAGUGACAUCGAAGUGAUCUGGGACCCCUCGCAUCAUGACACAGGAGGAGCGGGAUGCAUUUCUACAGAGUCUGGAGAGCGCCCUCUCCUGGAUAAAGGCAGUGCAGGAGAGACUGAGGGCCAAUGACAACACCCAGGGACCUAGGUCAGCACUGGAGACCAGGCUCAGAGAAACAAAGGCGAUCCGUGAGUCAGAGCAUGAGGGCUGGAUGAAGGUGGACAUGGCGAUGGUUGCCGCGGAGAACCUGCUGCGGAGCAGUGACGAGGAGGUGAAGAGCCAAACAAACAGCAGGCUGAAGGAGCUCAAAGCAUCAUGGGAGGAGACAUCCACUUACAUCACCCACUGCCACAGCCGGAUCGAGUGGGUGUGGCUGCACUGGGGAGAGUACCUGAGGGCCCAGGAGGAGUUUGAGGCGUGGCUGAUGAGGAUGCAGCGGGCUCUGGGGCCCCACCCAGAGCUGCAGCUGGGGGCCCGGGAGAAGCUAUGGCACCUGGAACACCACAAUGUCCUGCUGGCUGACGCCCGGGCCCAAGAGCCCCUUCUAGAGCGCCUGCUGGACGAGGCCGCCGCCCUCCACGAUCGCACCGAGGACCCCAGCUUGGCCCCCGAGGCCCGGGAGAGACUACAGGAUGCCUACAACCAAAUCAAAGACAGGGCAGAGGAAAGGGUGUUGUUGCUGCAGAAAAUUUCUGAGGAGCAUCGCUUGUUUGACUGCUCUGUGCACAAGUUCUGGGCAUGGCUGGAUUCCACGACUGAGGAACUAACCCGCUACCGUGACUUCCAUGACGCGCUCAAAAACACGUUCAGCCCCCGGCUUACAGAGGACACAACUGAACACCCCCGCCACUCUCUGGGCACAGGGGAUGCAUCGCAAAACGUGGUCCACCCUUUGCACGAGGAUGUAACCCAUAAAAAAAUUACUCAGCUCCCACACACAGAGGACACAGCCAUAAAAGUGCUCCACCCCCAGCACCCAAAGGACUCGCCCAAGAUGUUCCGCCCCCAACACCGAAAGGAUACGCCAGAAAGUGUGCUAUGUGCCCUGCAGGCACUGUGUGAGAGAGUGGACAGUGAGGAGAAGACGCUGAGGCACCUGAAGGGGCUGGCGGAGUCCGUGAAGGCCAACACGUCCCCGAAGGGAUCGGAGACGGUCACCCAAGAGAUGGAGCGGCUGUGGGUGUCCUGGGAGGGGCUGAGACAGCGCCUCCUUCUGGAGCAGGAGAGGCUGCGCACCACCCACCGCACCCAAGCGGAGUACACCUCCUGCUCAGAGAAGCUGCGGGCGGACACCUCCCGGCUCCGUCUGCACCUUAAGGAGCUGAACCAGCAGCUGGAAAGUGGAGAAAAGAUGGAGGAGGAGAAGGUCCUGUGGAGGAAGUACAUGGACGUCCGCAGAGCCCUCUCUGAAGAGGAGCCACACGUGGAGCAGCUGAAGGCCCAGCUCACAGAGCUGUUCCGCCUGUCCCCCAGCACCACGCCCGUCACCGAUCAGGUGCUGACUGUGCUGAAGGAGUACCAGAGGGUGAAAGGUAACGCGUUCAGGUUAUGGAUGGAGAAGGACACGGCUCUCAGACAAGCUUUGUUGGACCCACUCCGGGGCUUCAGCAGGUGGAGUCAACAGGUGACCCAAAUUCUGGAGGCAUCUGAGGAGGUGUCCGCGGCGUCCAACAUCCCCCAGCUGGUGCAGAACAUGGAGAAGCUGCUGAAGGACAGUCUGCAACUGAAGGAGCGUCUCAGCCAACUGCAGGUGCAGGAGGACCUGCUAAGCAGUGUGUUUGGCCCAGAGAAGGCAGACAGCCUGGGGGAGGAGCUAACAACUGCAGUGAGGGAGAGAGAGAAGCAGCACGACCUGCUGUGUCAGAGGAAGAGCCAUCUGCAGGGUUUGUUGUUGAACAUGAAGAACUUUGAGGAAGCGUAUGAGACCUUCGUGAAACGACUACAUCUUAUCAGGGAAAGAUUCAUCACCAUGGAUAAACUUCAGCCAGACAUCCACGCUAAGACCGCUCUGUCUGACCAGCUGAUGAUGAUCCUGAAGGACCUGGAGGAGUCUGAGCCUCACCUUACCACCCUUCAAAACCUGGCGUCAUCCAACCCUGCUGACAGGCACAAAGUCAGCCAGCUCUAUGCAGAGUGGAGGGACCUCUGUAAGGAUGUGAGGGUGAGGGUGGAUGAGAGCGAGCAGAACGUUGCGGAUCACAGGGGCUUCCAGGAGGGCCUGCUGGACAUGGAAAAGUGGCUGCUGGAGAUGAGGCAGAGACUGGAGUCCUUCUGCAGCAGGAGCGGGGAGUGGAGCCUCGAGAACAGGCAUAAGAAGGCUGAGAGGGCGCUGGGGGAGUUCCCAGAGAGAGAGCUGGAGCUGCGCAGAGUGGAGGCUCAGGGUCAAGGGGUGCUGGCCCAGACAUCAGAGGAGGGGAAAGGACCCAUCCUCCAGGACCUGCAGCAUCUGAGGGACUCCUGGGAAUCUCUGCACAUGCUCAGUCUUAACCUCUACAGAUUGCUGAAUGGUGAUGGAGUUGCUGGAGCUGAUGUCACAGGAGAAGUAGAUGGACAGAUUGGGACAAACAAGCAUAUGGGGCUGGGAGAAACAGAGGAGAACAUCAGAGCGAGUGAACCGGAACAGGGUUCAGAUUAUUCUGGAGGAACAAGCGGAAGGCAGAGAUUUGGGACAGGAGGAGAGGGGGAGCAGGUGAGGCAAGGUGGGGGGGUAGGAGCUGGCACAGAGCAGGGUUCCAGAGUUGAGGAGGGGGUUGAGGAGGUGUUAGGGACUGAAAGGAAAGGGGUAUCUAUCGGGCAGGGUGUUAAGGCUGAGGCGGGGUUAGGGUCUGGAGGGAAGGGGGUGGUUGCUGGGGAGGGUGUUAGGACUGGAGAGAAAUUAUCAUCUGGAGGGAAGGGGUUGAGUGUGGGCCAGGGUGCUAGAGCUGAGGAGGGGUUAGAGUCUGGAUGUGAAGGCACAGGUGAAGAACAGCCUGUCUCGUUUGGGUCGACUGGUGCAGGAGAUGAGGGUAUGUAUUUGAAACAAGGUGUCAGGGCUGAGGCGGGGGUUGGGGCUGGAGGUGAAGGCGUGGGGCAGGGUUUCAGAGCUGAGGGGGGUGUUGGGGCUGGAGAUGAAAAUAUGGGUUUGGGCCAGAGUGUCAGAGCAAAAGGAGGAGUGAAAGCUCGAGGUAAGAAAAAGGGCACAGGGCAGGCCUCUUGGCAUGAGUGGGGAAUUAGUACUGAAGGUGAGAGUAUGGGUUUGGGGCCGGAUGUCAGAGCUAAGGGGGAGUUAGGGGAUGGAUCUGAGAGUAUGGAUACUGAGAAGGUUGUCAGAGCUGAGGGGGCGUUUGGUGGUGAAGGAGAGGGGGUGUCUGUGGGACAGAGCGUCAGGGGGGACGUUAAGGGAGGAUUAGGGACAAAGGAUCAAGAAAUACACGUAAAGGAGGGAACCAACAGUGGAUGGGUAUUUGGCACUGGAAAUGAAGGUAUGGAGGAUGGAAGGGAUUUAAAACGUAAGGAAGGGUUAGAGGUUGGAUGUCAGAGUAUGGGUUUGGGACAGGAGGGUAAGGUUGAGGGGAGCUUGGGUCCUGGUAGACAACAUAAGCCUGGCAGUGUGUUGGAACAGAGGAGGAGCCCUGGCGGUGGUCAGAACACCCCACAAUCCGAUACAGAGAAGUCUUUGAGAGGGGAAGAACCCGAUGACAGCCGCUUUAAGUCUGGGAUUGAAGAAGUGGAUCUGGGAGGUAGACACAGUCAUAGCUAUGCUAAAGACCAAACGGAGGGAACCAUACAGCAGACUGACAGAGGAGGUACACAUGGAACAGCAACAUCCCAGUGGGGAUCAUUUAGUAAGGAGAGGGGAACAGCGGCAGGGGAGACAUCUCCCUCCCCAGGACUUGCUGGAACCUCUGUGGAAAGGUUGAGCCAGCACACACAGGCAGGUCAUGAGGAGACUGAUCCACAAGGUGACCGUGCAGAUCUUCAGAAGGAGUUUGAAGCCUGGCUUCAGACAGAGAACACUAAGCUCUGCAGGAUUCUGAGCCGGAAGAGGGCAGUAACCGCAGAAGAGCUGAGACUCAGACAGCAGGAACUUGAGGAACUGCGCUCCCGUGUGGGCUGGGGUCAGAGCCGCCUGCAGUUGCUGAUGUCCCGGGUCGGGGCAGGGGAGCACAACCCAGGCCUUGAGGAGCUGAGGUACCGCUGGAUCCUGUACAAAUCCAAAUUAAAGGGCGUGGGGGACCUGGCGGCCCGCCUGAGACAUAAGGAUGUCAGUGCUCUACAUCAGGAACCAUUAAGGACGGAUAAGACGCGCUCCGGGUUACUGCAGCGCGCCUGCUGCGCCGCUCUGCCCCUGCAGCUGCUGCUGCUGUCUCUGCUGCUGCUGGCGUUCCUCCUGCCCCUCACAGACGAGGGCGCCAGCUGCUCCCUCGCCAACAACUUCGCCCGCUCCUUCAAGCUCAUGCUGCGCUACGAGGGCCCUCCGCCCACCUGAGAGCACCGCCCGCCGGCCGCGCCCCUCGAAGACACACCCACAGGAAACACUCCCUGCAGAAAGACUGACAUGGUCUUGACCAACCUGGUAAACUGGAAUGGAUAUUUAACAUUAUCGAACUCAUUCUUAUAAGAAGGAAAUUAAAUGCAUUCAGAACCUCGUAGCUAUAUUUAUAGUGUAAGUGCUGUGCAGAAUUUUCCGGCAUACCAGUAGUCGAUGCAGCUUUUUAGUCUUAUUUUUCAAAAGCACUUCAAACAUUAAACAGUCCCAUUUUCCCUGUUUGUAAAGCAUGCCUCCUUUGUAUGCUGUAAAGUCACCAUGCAGAUAUCUGUACCAACCUUUGGGAUGGUAAAGGGUUAAUCAGAUGUCUGUACUGCUCUUUGAGCUUUUAAAGGGUUGAUCAGAUAUGUGUAUUGAUUUCUGAUGUUGUAAAAGGUUUAUGAGAUUAUCGUAUUGAUCUUUGAGUUUGUAACGCAUUGAUAAGAUGACUCCAGCCGUUUCUGACUUUCUGAUGAAGUAACCUCAAAUCAAGAUGGCAGUCCGUCAGAUAAGAUGAAGACCUCUUCUCCACAAAACGUUCUCAUAUUUAUGCACUUAAUGAUGUAUGGUUAGACCUCAGAGAACAUAGUGAUGCUCUUCCAGUAGAAGAAAAGUCACUUUACACUGCACUGAGAAUCCUUCAGUAAUGUCACAUAUAAGGAUUUUCUCUAUGUAUUCAUUAUCACACUAACAUGCUAAGGAAUACCAUUUUAUUCCUGACCGUUACUCACAUGUGCUGUUUAUCUGAUUGAUAUACCUUUAGGAUGCAUGUAUGUAUGGAUAUGUAUGUAUGUAUUUGUGUAUAUGCUUGAGGAGCAACCUGUUUACAUGUCUUAUGUUAGAAAAAAAUCUUACCUUUCACCUCAUUU